AUGUUUAGUUGGUUAAAGAAAGAGGGCGAGAAAACAGAAAGUAUCGAAAAUGUCGUGGAAGGUCUUAAAAGGAUAUAUAAAACAAAACUUUUACCGCUGGAAUUACACUAUCAGUUCCACGAUUUCCACUCACCUCAACUCGAAGAACCGGAUUUCGACGCAAAACCUAUGAUACUGCUCGUUGGACAGUAUUCGACUGGUAAAACCACAUUUAUCAAAUACUUAUUAGAGCGAGACUUUCCCGGCAUCAGGAUUGGGCCGGAGCCCACCACCGACAGGUUUAUCGCGGUUAUGUUCGACGAGAAAGAGGGAGUAAUACCCGGGAAUGCACUCGUGGUUGACCCCAAGAAACAAUUCAGACCACUCAGCAAAUUCGGUAACGCUUUCCUUAACAGGUUCCAGUGUUCAACAGUGAGUUCGCCGGUGCUGCGAGGCAUUUCCAUUGUUGACACGCCCGGUAUCCUGUCGGGAGAAAAACAACGUGUGGACAGAGGCUACGACUUCACCGGAGUGCUGGAGUGGUUCGCCGAGCGCGUAGAUCGCAUUAUCUUGUUGUUCGACGCCCACAAACUAGACAUAUCAGAUGAGUUUAGACGCAGUAUUGAGGCUCUUAGAGGGCAUGAUGACAAAAUUCGUAUUGUAUUAAACAAAGCUGAUAUGAUUGACCACCAGCAGCUGAUGAGAGUGUACGGUGCCCUGAUGUGGUCUUUAGGCAAAGUGCUGCAAACACCUGAGGUGGCUCGUGUAUACAUUGGCUCUUUCUGGGAUCAGCCUCUGCGCUAUGAUGUCAAUAGAAGACUAUUUGAAGAUGAAGAGCAGGAUCUCUUUAAGGAUAUGCAGUCCCUGCCACGAAAUGCUGCUCUAAGAAAACUCAAUGAUUUAAUUAAGAGAGCUCGUCUUGCUAAAGUGCAUGCAUAUAUAGUUAGUGAGCUUAGGAAAGAAAUGCCUUCGAUGUUUGGAAAGGAUGGCAAAAAGAAAGAGUUAAUAAAGAAUUUAGGUCAAGUGUAUGAUCGUAUCCAGAGAGAGCAGCAGAUAUCACCAGGUGACUUCCCCGAUAUCAAAAAAAUGCAGGAGACAUUAGCAAAUCAUGAUUUCACAAAGUUCCAUCCUUUAAAGCCAAAGUUACUAGAAGUAGUGGACCACAUGCUGGCCACAGACAUUGCACACCUCAUGGACAUGAUCCCGCAGGAAGACAUCAAUAUUGUCAGUGAACCACUAAUAAAGGGUGGUGCCUUCGAAGGCGUCGAGGAUCAAGUGUCGCCCUUCGCUCAACGGCUACGGUCGCGGAGAAGGUGUGGACGCGGGCCACGGCGAUCCCGAGUGGAUAUGCAGCAAGGAGAAGCCACGAUACGACGAGAUGUUCCGCCAGCUCAGCCCCAUCGACGGCAAAGUCACCGGCGCUGGGGCAUGGAAGCUUUCGUCAUAUCGUCUCGCAACUGUUCACUCCUCACUGAACUACUCGUCAGUAUGAAUGAGCGCGAGCCUCAACUGCGCAAUGACGAAAACUUCGCUAAAUUAGUCGAUAUCCUCUCGACCGCUACUAACAACAGUAGAAUGGUCACGCAAUGCCUGUCUGAGAGUCGUUACGCUGACGCAGCUAGCUCUAGUGAUCAUUUCUUAUCACAGAUAGAACGUAACGUUAACUUCAGCUUAAACGUAUUACGUGGUAGUGACAUACCUGCUGAUACCUGCGGGAACAUGAGAGAAAUGAAAGAUCAUUAA